CUUACUUGCUGGUGGAUUCUAUGUUCAGAAUGUUCCAAAGUUCAUAGAUUGGGUGAAGUAUAUUUCUAUUAGCUACUAUACAUAUCAGCUAUUUAUUGGAUCACAGUUUCACAGUGGAGACACAUACCCUUGCUCUGAAGAACAAGAGGCUAAGUUGAAAGCUAUGCUUAGGCUUUAAUUGGAACUAAAUUGAGUUAAUUACCCAAAGAUAGGCAAUCUGAGAGGAAUUCUUUGUACAAAGAAUAUGCUGAGAAACUUCUUCAAUCCGGUCAAGUUUAUGGUUGCUUUUGUUCUAAUGAGGAACUAGAGAAAAUGAAGGAGGAUGCUAAACUAAAGCAAUUGCCUCCGGUAUACACAGGUAAAUGGGCCUAUGCAACAGAUAAGGAAGUAGAAGAAGAGCUGGCAAAAGGAACUCCAUAUACAUUCAGACUUCGUGUCCCGAAAGGAAGUUUAAAAAUUACCGACUUGAUACGAGGAGAGGUUAGUUGGAAUUUGGAUACACUUGGAGAUUUUGUGAUAAUGAGGAGUAAUGGUCAGCCAGUUUAUAACUUUUGUGUGACUGUUGAUGAUGCUACCAUGGCUAUUUCCCAUGUUAUCAGAGCAGAGGAGCAUUUACCGAACACUCUAAGGCAGGCAUUAAUAUAUAAGGCACUAGAAUUUCCCAUGCCUAAUUUUGCACACGUUUCCUUGAUUUUAGCUCCUGAUAGAAGUAAAUUAUCAAAACGACAUGGAGCAACAUCUUUCGGUCAGUACAGGGAAAUGGGAUACCUACCUGAGGCGAUGACGAAUUACCUAGCAUUAUUAGGUUGGGGUGAUGGGACCGAAAAUGAGUUCUUCACCCUUGAUAAACUUGUUGAAAGAUUCACUAUUGAACAUGUGAAUAAAAGUGGUGCUGUUUUUGAUUCCACAAAGUUAAGAUGGAUGAAUGGUCAACAUUUAAGAGCACGUCCAUCAGAGGACUUGAACAAACUUAUCGCAGAGCGCUGGAAGACAUCUGGCAUGCUAACAAUAUCAGAAGGGCCCUUUGUUGAUGAUUCAAUUCAACUACUUAAGGAUGGAAUUGACUUGAUAACUGAUGCAGACACUGCACUUUCGAAUUUGCUUUCUUAUCCUCUACAUUCUACUUUACAAAGCCAUGAAGCAGAAUCUGUCAUACAAGAUAAUCUUUCCGAGUUUUGUGCCAGUUUCUUGGCUGCCUACGAUAGCGGUGAUCUGUUACGUGCGCUCGAAGAAGGCCAAGCUGGCUGGAAAAAUUGGGUCAAAGGCUUCGGCAAAUCACUUAAGCGCAAGGGAAAAUCACUCUUCAUGCCCCUUCGGCUUCUGCUGACUGGAAAACUUCACGGUCCAGAUAUCGGAGCUACUGUUGUAUUGCUUUAUAAAGCUGGGACUAGUGAUAUCAUAGCUUCUGAAGUUGGUUUUGUGACAAUUGAUGAACGAGUUAAAGUUCUUAGGCAAAUUAAUUGGGAAACAUUGUCCAAAGAACAUGCUGUGAAAGAAACUGCUUCGACUGUCUAAUUGAGAAUUCACCUUCAAGGUCUACCUCAUAACAAUAUGGUUUUGUACUAGUUCAAUUUAUUCAGAGGCUUUUUUUCA